CCACUUGGUGUGUGAGCAGUUAGUUGACCCACUAUUGGUGUGCCAUUAACUACAAGCAACCGCCCCCGUUGCCUUGCGAAGGGAAGCAGAUUGAAGACAGCCACACCGGCAUUUUAACCCUCGCUCUCUUUCUAUAUUCUUCUCAUAUUCCACGAUGCCUUCGAAUCAAAAUCUUCAAGGAGGGAAAACCUUUGGACUAUUAAAAGCCCAACAAAGGGAGAGGCUGGACGAAAUAAACAAGGAAUAUAUGGAAGAUCAAAAGUACCGGGAUGAGGACGACCUGCCCGAAAAACUAGAUUCCUUCAAAAACAAGUAUGCCGAGUUUGACCUGAAUGACCAGGGAGAGAUAGACAUGAUGGGCCUGAAGAGGAUGAUGGAGAAGCUGGGCGUCCCCAAGACCCACCUGGAGAUGAAGAAGAUGAUCUCGGAGGUGACAGGAGGCAGCAGCGACACCAUCAACUACCGGGACUUUGUCAAGAUGAUGCUGGGCAAACGCUCUGCCGUCCUCAAGCUGGUGAUGAUCUUCGAGGACAAGGCUAACGGGGCCAGUUGUAAACCCGGCGGCCCCCCUCCCAAGCGGGACAUAACCAGCCUUCCCUAAGCCCCCACGUCCCCCCUCCGCCCCCGCGGGCUGGGCUGCACUGACCUCCACGCCUUCAGGGGGCACAGGAGAGCUCGAAGAACAGCAGCAGCGGCAGCAGCUCUUAGUGGGGAGCGGGGGAGGGAGCGAGAGACAUGUAUAUAGCCUUACCCAGUCUCACCCCGGGACCCCAGGAAGACCUCAGUCGAGGGGGAGGAUGUCCUUCCUGUGGAAGACAAAAGUGGAGGAGGAGGGGGGGAGGGGGGGGGUGGAAGACUCUGUCUGUUCUAUAUUUGCUGUGAAAACGUAAUGACAGAUUUGUUUGCUUUUUUUAAUGACCCGUACAUACAUGUAUAUAUUUAUAUUGGUGGUGAUAUUGAUGAGAUGAGGUCUGUGUAACUGUAGCAUUUCUAAGCCUGUAACCAUGACGAUGCGUACGCCCCCCCUCCCGUGGCGGCGUCAGGUCGUCCUGUGACUCAGAGCGGUUGUUAUGACGAUAGUUUUGUGGCAUCCCGAGUGAUCGUGUAAGUGUAGUCCAUGAUAGGAUGCAUCGAGCCCCACGGCUCACCUGUUACGAAGUGGUACGUGAUUGUGAAUGAGUAUAUCCACUGUUAUCCCCCCCCCAACCCGGUGUCCCAGUUACCGUUUGAAACCAGUUAGGGUGUGAAAGUAGCAUGCUAAUGAUGAGACGAGCACAAACAAACACAAAAAAAAAGAACACGUUACAUGUGAGUUUUUUUUUCCAGCCGUGGUCAGUGACGUCACACCGUUAGUUUUCCCACGUUCUUUUUAGUGAUGUCACCAUGUUGCACAGUUAACCAGUGGUUGAUGAUGAAUAUGAUGUCACGUGUCGUACUGCCAGGACUCCUUCUGGCCCGCUGUCUGUCUUUAGGUCAGGUGUCAGAUCAGCGGGCUGCUCCCCAGACCUCGAGAGUUUGUUGGGUUUCAGCAGGGAUCUAUAGGGCUGAGGUGGAGAAAAGCACACGCACACACAUCACCCUAACCUGAACCAUCUGAAAACACACACACUCUAAAACGGUACUUGCAGGGUUUUUGAGGGUCAGCGCACAUGUUGGUUUUUGGAGAGAUCUGAUUCAAGGCACAGCUGUACGCAGCGAAGACAGUCCGCAGAAUCGUCUGUAAUCUCACGCUUUCCAAGUGCCUGAAAAUGGGGCCAGAACUGACCCGCGGUAGAGCACAGUGGAGGAGGGACCCGAGUUUCCCUGGUAGAAACUCCCUCUCUCAGCAAUUAGACCAUGUGAUCAAGUUCUUUUGUCAUGUGGGAAGAAUAGUUUUUAAGGUGUUUGUUCACUAGUGUUUAUUAUUGUUGAUUUAGAGGUCCACUUUUUUGAUACUGGUGACUAACCUGAGUAGAUGAUACUCUAGCUAGCACAUACACAGUAGGGUGUUGAAGGGUAGAAAGCGGAGAUGCACCAGCACUGAAAAGUGUGUCUCGUUAUUUGUUAAAACCUUUCCACUGUUUUAUUUUCUUCUCAGUUUUAAAAGCAGCACGGCAUCUUAGCAGCUUAAGGCACCAAAGGCCUUUUAGGAGAGUCGGAUAAACUUUUUUUUUUUUUUUUAAGAAGUAGUUUAUGGUAGUGUUCGCUUUCUCUGUUAACUAACGUCCUAAUCUCAUAGCUGUCUUGUUACUCCACUUAUAGCUUUGUUUCCUUUUUGUCUCUUAAUUUUUUGCAUUCUUUUCAUUCUCCUCCAGUUUUCCUUUUUCCCCUCUCAUUCACUCCUAGUGAGUUCUGUCAGCCCAGAAUCCAGGCUCUGUGGAUUCUAACGUCUGUGCCUCAGUCUUUGUCUCGUUUUAUUUUUCCUCUGACUCACUCUGAACAUGGAAUAUGAAAUGGUUGCUUUUGAAUUUUACUUUAAUAUUUUAUUUCAUAUUUAGUAUUUAAAAUGUCCAUGUGGUUUUACCUGUUUGUCAACGAGUAGAGGUGCUGGUUUUGUUUUUUUGGGCACCUGAAAGAUACUUACUUUUUUUUUUUGUGCACCAAACACCAAAGGAAUUAAACUUCUUUACAGUUACACUGGCA